AUGCUUUUUCAAAACUGGGCCGUAUCCCAGUCUUCCUUUUUUCCCAGAAGGUUAGUUCUUCUUUCUUUUGGCGUCGGCCAUUUCAACCGGCGCUACUUCUUCAACUUCUGCCUCUGGACGACGUUCGGCUGCGGCUACUUCUCGCUGGUCGGCUAUUCCUAUCUUCGCUGGAUCACGCUGGCUCUCGGCGCCCUCACCGCCUAUCACGUGCUCCUGAUCUCCAGAGACCAGACCACGCUUCAGCGGAAUGCGCCUUGUUAUGACUCGACAACAACAGCAAUCCUUACGUUUCGCAAGCUCACUAUUUCAGUGAAUCCGUGGCUAGAAGCAGAACUGCCCGUGCAAAUGAAAGAAGAAGCUAUCCAACUGUUCCUGGAGUACAGUCUUCUCUCGGACACUGACUGUUGGGACGCACGACUGUUGGUUCAAAAUCACUCGAUGGCAAACGCCUUGAUCACCAAGCUCAAGAGCUCAAUCGCCGCUGACCACGCUCGUCGAGGAUAUCCACGCUUUUGA